CGGACCACACAGUAGCACAUUCAAUUGUUGACAAAUAAGCUGUAUCACAACAAGUUUCGACAGUUUUCAUUCCGUGCUGAUGGUAUCAACUCUAUGAUUUAUCUGGCAUCUGUUGGUGAACUCAAACGGGUCAUUGAGAAUCGUGUUUAUUAGGACGAAUUUGGAAGUCUGCUUAGUCGGAGGGGGGUCUCUAAAGACAGCAGUUAUGAGAACAACUUCUUCGUAGACGGAAUCUUAUUAUUCAACUUCUGCUCUUCAGGUGGAAAACAAACUCUAUAAUUUUAGUGUGGAUUGUUGGUUGUAGAGAACAAGGUUCCAUCAUGGCAGUCAGAACUGUUCCAUCCUUGAGGUGGUUUCAUCUAGUGUUUCUACUCCUGUGUGUGAGUUUAACUUUCCUCGGAGCGUCGGCGACGAACUCAAAAGACAGUCAUGAUCAGAUCAUUUGGGAUCCUUUACCAACGCAGCCACAAUCCAACACAUCCAGGGAUAAUGUAGCCACGGCGCCAAACGGGAUAUUCCACGUCGCCUCGGAGUUCAUAAACGCCGUUUCUCCAAAUGAGUUUCCUUUAAAUCUGCUUCGUGGAGUAAUCAACGGAACCAUUGAUCCUUUACAGGAAUAUAAUCAGUUUAUUAAUUUCUCUGCGGGUUUCAUCAUCUGCUUUGUCAUUGGUAUACUCUUCAUUAUCAUCAUGCCAAUCACGGGCCUGAUCUUCUGCUGUUGCCGUUGCUGCGAGAACUGCGGCGGGAAGAUGCUGCAGCGUGAAAAGUACAACACGACGUGCAGGCGUGUCUGCUUUGCAACCUUUCUCUGCCUUGCAACGGGGCUGAUCAUUCUGGGCUUGGUUGGAGCCUUCAUGGCUAAUGCUCGUAUGUCAACAGCCAUUCAAGGUAUCAAUGAUACAGUAGACACGAAUAUUAUGGAUGUGAGAAGCUACAUUAAUCACACAUUCACGGAGUUUGAGUUUCUGGCUUUUGAGCAGUUUGGCUAUGUGUUCCGUCUGAUCGUCAAUGACCUAGACAAUGUUGGUGAUCAGGUCGGUGGUGUGAUCCAUCAAGCUCUAUCAGCUAAGGUCAACCCAGCGCUUGAGUCGAUCUUCAUGUUGGCUGAUGAAUCUUCAGGCCUACAGGAGAAUUUAGCCGCAGUCAACCGCUCGACCAAGGAACUAAUAAUGAAAGCAGCCGAACUGCAAGCGUCUCUAGAGAUGGCAAAGAUGAUGAUCAACGAAACAUUGCAGUUACUUCCCUGCCAACCUGGUCAACCCUGUCCAAAGGACGAUGUGAGACUAGAAGACUUAACAACAGCUGCAGAUUUCAGAAUUAUUGAUAUAGAGCCGCAGCUAAACAGAGUCAACCAAGCGUUGCGUAUCAACAUCACAGACCUAGCCACGCGAGGCAGACAAGAGUUUGACCAAAUCCCAGAGAGGGUCUUGAAUGAAAGCAAAACUGCCGUCAAACAAUUUACAAAUGAGCUUAUGAAACUGAGAGAAUCAGUUGGAGAUCAAACCAAGGAAUUCGAAGACCAAAUUGCACCAGAUAUCAACAGUGCCAUCGAGAGCAUAUCUCCAGAGUCGGGCAGUCCUAAUGCGCAGAGAGCGUACUCCGAACUCGAAACAGUUAAGACCUAUGAUAAAUACAGGUUUUACGCCGGCAUCGCUCUGUGUUGUGUAAUUCUCAUCAUUGUUGUUUGUAACUUCCUUGGUAUUUUGUUUGGGGAGUGUGGACGCGACACCAGAGACAGACCAACGGAGAGAGGAUGCUUCUCGAACUUUGGUGGAACUCUACUCCUUGCGAGUGUGGCUUUUACAUUCAUCUUCUCUGCCUUUGUCAUGCUGUUUACUACGCUGUGCUUUCUCGCCGGUGGAGUGUCGGAGAAAGUUAUUUGUGAACCUUUGGAGACAAAGUCCAUCUUCAAGGAGGUUAUUGAUUACCCCUACCUGAUCGAUCCUGAGUAUGAAUAUUGGUUGAGUGGAGCUCUGUUUAAAUCGGACUCACCCCCACUGACAAUAGAGAGUUUAAUCAAUUCCUGCGAGGCCAAUGCUGGCCUCUAUAGAGCUAUGAAACUAAGCUAUUACUUCAACAUUACAGCUGCAUUGGAUUACAGACAGCUAUAUCCAGACAUCACAACCUAUCUCGAUACAAUCCAAGUCGAUCUUUCUGGCGUUGAAAUCAUUUCACCAAUGACAAAGACUUCCUUGACAGAAUUUAUGGACUCGGGUGUUGGUGAUGUCAAUUACACACAGUAUCUUGAAGAAAUCAGGAAAGGGAAUACGAUGGUGGAUUUGUUAUCCUUGGCAACACAGUUGGAGAGCUAUGCAGUGGACCCGUUACCAGAUCUUAAGCAGACCAGGUUACGGGAGCAUGCCUUCACGCUACGCAAUAUUCAACGGGACAAUGUUGCGCCGAUGCAAUCUUAUGUGGAUUCCUUGGAGGCUAAUCUAGACGUACUUCUUAGUAAAGCUAGCGAUCUAAGUCCGUUAGUAAACCAGUCACUAAUGAGAACCAUUGAAACUCAAGAUUUUAUUCAGACAGACGGACCAAAGAUUUUCAGACAGGAACUUAGUGCAUUCACCAACAGGAUUCUAAACUAUGCUGAUCAGUAUGUCUUGUAUUUUCUUAAAGCGAUUAACAAUGAAGUUGGAGAAUGUAAACCUAUUGCCGAUGUCUACAACUCACUGACGAAGCUAGUCUGCAACCAAGUAGUGGAUUCAUUCAAUGGAUUUUGGUUAUCGCUGGGGUGGUGCAUUAUCUUCUUCAUCCCGAGUAUCGUUUUUGCCGUCAAGCUUUCAAAGUUUUACAGACGGAUGCGAUUCUAUGAGGAUUACUACAACGCUCAUGACAUUGAGACGGUUCCAAUGAAGGUAUACGAGUGAUGAUGACCUAUCGACCUUUUCCAGCUACUCUGAAGAUAAGCAUCUGAUCUUUGACCUGUACGGUUCUUAUUUCUUGAAGGACACGUUUAUUUUUCUAAACGCAUAGACACUUUUGGUUCCAUACACUUGCCUUUUCUGUCGCAAAUAAGAUGAUAUUUUUUAAUAAAUUAAAUAUUUCUAAGAUUUUUUAAUGGUUGUAUUGCUUCAGGCUGUCACUCUCGAACAAAGGUUUUGACAAAAUGAGAGACCGCAAACAUAGGGCGAGAUAGCUCAGUUGGUAGAGCGACGGCAAAUUAAGGUCGUUGAAAAAGUUUAUAUCUUGUUAUUUUAUGGCUACAACAACAAAUAGUGCCAAGUUAUUAUAAAUUACCCCACCAUAGUGGCACUUAUUAUUGUUCUUUUUAAAAGUACAUUACAAAUAGUUGUGCAUUUGUAUCGUUAAAUAAUUUUAGUGAUAUCCAAGGUUUGUUAUUGAAUGACUUACAAAGGAAAUAUAUGUAAAUAAUGGACGUCAAUCUUAACAAGUAAAAACCAAUAUUAAGUAAUAAAUGUGCCAUAGUUUUGCUGGACACAUUUCCUGACAAAUUUCAAAGGUGCAUGUAAGCUUCCCUCAUAUAAAGAGGCCUUCUUAUUAUUUUGUACAUAGAAUACUUUUGUGUUUGAAGGAACACAUUACCUUGGAUCGGUCGAGUUGGUAUU